CUGAGGACCGUGUAGACGCUCCGCUCCAGGCGCGGGGAAGAGGUUAGGCUGGCCGGGCACGAAAGGACGAGACUUCAAUUCCCGGAGGGAAGACCAACCAGGUGGACCCCUAACCUCCCGGAAGUGACGAUCCAGGGGUGAGCGGCGCCGCAGCCAGGCCUUCCCGAGCUGGGCCUGGCCGAGAGGGCCGCGCGCAGCAUGGCGGAAGCGGAAGGGAGUUCUCCGCUCCUGUCGCAGCCGCCGCCGCCCCCUCCUCGGAUGGCGGAAGUAGAAGCGCCGACGGCGGCCGAGACGGACAUGAAGCAGUACCACGGGUCCGGUGGCGUCGCCAUGGACGUGGAGCGGAGCCGCUUCCCCUACUGCGUGGUAUGGACUCCCAUCCCGGUGCUCACGUGGUUUUUCCCCAUCAUCGGCCACAUGGGCAUCUGCACAUCCACGGGGGUCAUUCGGGACUUCGCUGGCCCCUAUUUUGUUUCGGAGGACAACAUGGCCUUUGGAAAGCCUGCCAAGUUCUGGAAAUUGGACCCCGCCCAGGUAUACGCCAGUGGCCCCAAUGCGUGGGACACAGCUGUGCACGACGCCUCUGAGGAGUACAAGCACCGGAUGCACAAUCUCUGCUGUGACAACUGCCACUCUCACGUGGCCUUGGCCCUGAACCUGAUGCGUUACAACAACAGUACCAACUGGAACAUGGUGACGCUCUGCUUCUUCUGCCUGAUCUACGGGAAGUACGUCAGUGUUGGCGCCUUCGUGAAGACCUGGCUGCCCUUUGUCCUUCUCCUGGGCAUCAUCCUGACCGUCAGUCUCAUCUUCAACCUGCGGUGAGGGCCCCCAAGGAGGCCCCACCACCACCCUGGUCCCAGUUCUGCGGUGAGGGCCCCCAAGGAGGCCCCACCACCACCCUGGUCCCAGUUCUGCGGUGAGGGCCCCCAGGGAGGCCCUGCCACCACCCCGGUCCCAGCUCUCUUGUCGCCACCCUCAGACAGUUAGCUUCCUGGGUUGGAAGUAGGGUCAGGGCUUGGGAUGGAAGUGCUGAGGUACAGUGUGAGAUGAGGCCACUUAGAGCCUCCUUGUCCUCUCCCUGGGCUUGGGACCUCACCCUUGUGGCAUCCCCAUUGCUGUCCUGGGAAGACCUUCCCUUCGAGCGCUUCCUGCCACAGCCACUGGGCUGCUUGUGCCGUGCCCAGGACACGGUGAGGACACGGUGGGCAGAGCUGGAUUUGAAGCUGCUUCUGGCUGGUUGUCAUGUCCCGAAGUGGGGUGUGGUGUUCUGAGAAGUGCUGUGAGCCAAGAGACUUGGAACCUUCCUUCUCUGCUGGCCUAGACCGGACUCGAAGGGCUGUCUAGGCUCUUCCCAUGUCUCUAGAGCCGUGCUAGCAUAGUGUGUACCCCAUCGCCCCUCAUCUGGGCCCUGGCUAGCAAGGUGAAUGGCCUUAGGUGCAGAGUGGGUCCCCUGUAAAUCAGGUAAGGUGAAUCCCACUUGUUUCCAGCCCAGGGAUAGAACCCCUUAUGUCCACAGUGUGAGUAACCCCAGAGCAGCUGGUGCACCGUGGAUCGGCUGGCUCUACUUCCGGUUGCUGCAGUGGGCCCUGCGCAGCCCGCCUCACCCCCUGCUCCUUUAUAAGGGGCUCCCUGGCAGGAAAUAAAGUUUCAAGUCCA